AUGGCUGAACUCCUCAAGAUCGAGAGCAAACCCAUCCCAGCCUUUUACUGCUGCUAUCUCCUGCGCUCGAAGAACCGUAAGUCGUACUACAUCGGCAGCACGCCCAAUCCUGCACGCCGCCUCGGUCAGCACAAUGGCACGAGCAAGGGCGGCGCAAAGCGGACCGCAAUGCAGGGAAAGCGUCCAUGGGAGAUGACGUGCAUCGUGACUGGAUUCCCGUCUCACUUCGCCGCAUUGCAAUUCGAGUGGGCGUGGCAGAACACGCACAUGACCAGACACAUCGACCGGGACGUUAGGGACGCCCGCGCCGUGGAGUUGCAAAAAGGCAAGAAAGCUGCGUCUGCCGCGACUGGACGGAGGAAGAAACCGCCUAUGUCACUCGAGGCGAGAUUGAAAAACCUACAUCAUCUUCUUGGGGUGGACAGCUUUCGAAGCUGGCCACUGCAUCUGCGAUUCUUUGCACCCGACAUAUUCAAGCAGUGGGAGAGACAUACUGCCAAAAUGCCGCAGAAGCUGAGGGAGAGUAUUACCGUACAAGUCACCCCUGCUGAGAUGCCGAAGCUUGCGCCCGAGAUAUGGGCAGAGGUUAGCUCGCAUUAUAUCCCAGAUAUUAUAAGGAGUAUCCCAGUCGCUUACGAAGACUGCAAGCCAUACGUUGAGAAAUCGAUCAGAUCUCUGCAAGACAAAACAAGGCAUUCUUGUGGUGUUUGUAAGAAGAGCGCGGAUUCAACAUCCGGUAUGGUCAUUGUGUGUCCCACCGAGACCUGCGAGACAGUCUCUCACUUGGCGUGUUUGUCGAAGAGGUUUCUAAUUGAAGACGACAGUUCAACGGGUGCCCUAAUUCCUAUGGAAGGCUCGUGUCCAGGCUGCCGUACCAAUCUUCAGUGGUCGACUUUGAUGAAGGAGCUUAGUUUGCGCACGUAUGGCGACGAAGAAAUCGCCGCCAUGUUCAAGCCAAAGCGGAGGAAGAAAACCGAUACCCAAGAGAUUGACGAGGAACCGGCCGAAGAAGACGAGGACUUAGACGAGACAUGGAUGAAGGACGUGGACGGAUCCGAUGCAGAGAUACCUGAGAGUCCCUCCAGAUAG